UUGUGUGGACACAUGGAUUUCGCACUGGCGUCUUGAGAUCAUUUUUGUUUGUUUUUGGAAAUAUUUCAACGUCUUCAAUUUCAUUCUUGAAAAUAUUUUGUGACUUUGCUGUUCAAAGUUCAGAUCAACAUAUUGAGUCUGAGGUGCUCAAGAGAGUGACAGUUAAUAUGGCGACAACAGACAAUAAGAAAAUGUCAUUUUCUAUUGAGAAUCUGGCCAAAAGCAGCCGUACAGAGGAAACUCCCGCCGGUGGUCAUUACGGAACCUACUUCAUCAACAGAAACCCAUGGCAAGAUGGCGACGGCACAAAUCUGGGAGAUAUAACUACAGGUGUCUUUUCUAGCCCAUAUUACACAAAUAUUGGACAAACAUCGCCGCGUAUCUCACAAGGACAGUUUAAUUCUCCUUUGACAAACUUAAGAGACGCAUUUCGACUUAUUUCUGAUGACGGAUACUCUUCUCAAAACAGUACGCCAUCUUUACCCGGAAGUUGUAAAAAGCGCAGCCGCAUUGUUGCUGAAGUUGGUGAGCAGAAUAACAGCUCAUUGUCACCUGUUACCGGAAAUUCUUUGAAGCGCAAGCGCAUUGAUGUAGAUGCACGUAAACCAAGAAACAGAAGCAUUUCUCAAGUACAGAUUCACAACGAUAGUUUUACGGAUAAUGAUUCAAGUUGUGGGACUUCAGAUUCGGAUGAAGGUAUUGGCGAAACCCCUCGACCAAAGAAGGCGAGAACAGCGUUUUCCGAUGACCAGAUCCAGACACUGGAAGUUAGAUAUAAAUCCCAGAAAUAUCUUCCGGCUGGCGAGAGGUCAAAAUUGGCCGUAGAACUAGGACUGACUGACCAACAGGUGAAAACGUGGUUUCAGAACAGGAGGAUGAAGGAAAAGCGAAAUCAUAAAGAUGACUCGUUCCAGGGAGGCAUGCCUCUACCGACAGGUGGCGUUGAUAUAUCUCAGUUACAGGCGCUCGGAAUUCCUUGUCCUCCGCCGUACACAAUCAACAACAGACACCACCAAAUGAUGAGAGACGAUAGUAUUCCGAACUUCCCUUCAUCAACAUCGAGUCCCCAGCCACCGAUCUUUCGAACAUCGCAGCACAUGUCUUUUUACUCAAGAUUUCAUCCAAUGACAAACAGUCUUGAAAAUUCACCUGGAUCUAUGCGCCCGACCAAUCAAACUGAGGGUUACAGUUGACAAAGGAACUGAAUCAUUCGACAGAAUACAAUGUUGUAAAUGCCCGUUAAAAGGAAUAUGACAAAUAUACGUACAUGAUAUAUGUUUUAAAACUUAAUGUAUUGAUCCACAAGUGCCAAACUUAAUAAAUAGAUAUAAUUAC